CAAAUGAGAAAAAAUAUUUUGAAAGAACCAUUGUUGAAUACUUACUGGGAUGUAACAAAUCAGCAAGAGCAAUUAGAUUUUACACCAACACAAGAAACAAGUAAUCAGUUAUGUAAAAAUACCACAAAACAAAACAAAGUUUUACUCAAUAAUAAAUAUAAAAAAUCAAAGAAAACAGGAGUAAAACAAUCCAGUAGAAUUGGCAGAUUAGGCUAUGGUGAAUAUAAAAUAGUAGUUGCAGGAAAACUUAGUAAAAAAAAUGAUCGUUGGGCUUGA